UACUUUUAUUUGUUAGUUUUGGUAAAUAUUUACUUGAUUUCACUCAUUGAUAUUGUAAUUUAUUCAUACGUAGUUUGAACAUAUGUAUUUAUAUUGUUAAAAAUUGUAUACAUCCCAUAAAAAUCAAGGAUUUUAGUUAACAUAAAGAGUUAUGGGAACAGAAAAAUAUGGAUUCUUUUUUUUUUUACUAUCAAAGAUUCUAUCUGUUAAGUGUUUAGAAAACAAUCCUACAGAAUCAUUACCAUAUGGACAAAAUGUAGGAGCACCUAACUAUUGGACUGGUCAGCCAGACCAAUCAGUACCACAAGGAAUGACAAAUUAUUACAAUACAAUAAAUCCUAACCUUCCACACAAUGCUUAUUUGAAUAAUAAUAAUAAUCAACAAUACAAUAACUAUCAUCAACAAUCUUCUGUACCACAACACUUCAUUUCGCCACAACAAUUUAAUCCGCCACAACAAUAUAAUUCACUGCAACAAUUAAAACCGCUACAACAAGAAAAUCUGCCACAACAAUUAAAUCCGCCACAACAAUUUAAUUCACCGCAACAAUUAAAACCACCACAACAAUUAAAUCCGUCACUACAAUUUGGACAAAACCAAUUGCAACCAAUGCCUCAACCAGUAAACCAUCAUAAAACAAACGUAAAUACAUUUCAGCCACCCUUGAAUAUAAAUCAGAAAAAUCAAAAUCAACAGUCUCAAAUACCACUGUCAAACAAUUUACAUUCACCACCACAGAGUAGUGGACAAGGAGUUUCUCAUACUCUCGGGACAAUUGGACCUUCGCUAAAAGAACACCAGAAACAAUUACCAACGAGUUUGGAUCAAAAAAUAACACAAGGUUUACCAAAUUUUGGCCAAGUUAUAAAUAACGCUAAAAAUCAAGCAAACAUACCACCAUCUCCUCCCCCAAUUCCUCCUAUUUCAAAUCUAUCACAAUUGCCUCCGAUUCCACCACAAUUGCCUCAAAAUCCACCACAAUUGUCUACAAAUCCAUUAGUCAAAGGCACUUCAACACCUAAUGGAAAUAAUAUGAAGAUUAAAGAAGAAGAAGAAUUACCAGAUUUUGGCCAAAUUAUGAAUAACCCUAAUAAUCCAGAAAAUUUACUACCAUCUCCUCCCCCGAUUCCUCCUAUUCCAAAUAUAUCACAAUUGCCUCAGAUUCCACCACAAUUGCCUCAAAUUCCACCACAAUUCUCUUCUAAUCCAUUAGUCAAAGGCACUUCAACACCUAAUGGAAAUAAUAUGAAGAUUAAAGAAGAAGAAGAAUUAUCAGAUUUUGGCCAAAUUAUGAAUAACCCUAAUAAUCCAGAAAAUUUACUACCAUCUCCAAUUCCUCCUAUUCUAAAUCAAUCACAAUUGCCUCAAAUUCCUCCAAAAUUGCCUCAAAUUCCACCACAAUUCUCUUCUAAUCCAUUAGUCAAAGGCACUUCAACAUCUAAUGGAAAUAAUAUGAAGAUUAAAGAAGAAGAAGAAUUACCAGAUUUUGUCCCAGCUAUGAAUAACCAUAAUAACCAAGAAAAUUUACCACCAUCUCCUCCUCCAAUUUAUCCUAUUCCAAAUCAAUCGCAAUUGCCUCAAACUCCACCACAAUUGUCUACGAAUCCAUUAGUCAAAGGCACUUCAACACCUAAUGGAAAUAAUAUGAAGAUUAAAGAAGAAGAAGAAUUACCAGAUUUUGUCCCAGCUAUGAAUAACCAUAAUAACCAAGAAAAUUUACCACCAUCUCCUCCUCCAAUUUAUCCUAUUCCAAAUCAAUCGCAAUUGCCUCAAACUCCACCACAAUUGUCUACGAAUCCAUUAAUCAAAGGCACUUCAACACCUAAUGGAAAUAAUAUGAAAAUUAAAGAAGAAGAAGAAUUACCAAAUUUUGUCCAAGCUAUGAAUAACCCAGAAAAUGUACCACCAUCUCCUCCCCCAAUUCCUGCUAUUCCAAAUCUAUCACAAUUGCCUCAGAUUACUCCACAAUUGUCUUCUAAUCCAUUAGUCAAAGGCACUUCAACACCUAAUUAUGGAAAUAAUAUGAAGAUUAAAGAAGAAGAAGAAUUACCAGAUUUUUUCCCAGCUAUAAAUAAACCAAAUAAUCCAGGAAAUUUACUACCAUCUCCUCCCCCGAUUCCUCCUAUUCCAAAUCAAUCACAAUUGCCUCAGGUUCCCCCAAAAUUGCCUCAGAUUACUCCACAAUUGUCUUCUAAUCCAUUAGUCAAAGGCACUUCAACACCUAAUUAUGGAAAUAAUAUGAAGAUUAAAGAAGAAGAAGAAUUACCAGAUUUUUUCCCAGCUAUAAAUAAACCAAAUAAUCCAGGAAAUUUACUACCAUCUCCUCCCCCGAUUCCUCCUAUUCCAAAUCAAUCACAAUUGCCUCAGGUUCCCCCAAAAUUGCCUCAAAUUCCACCACAAUUCUCUUCUAAUCCAUUAAUCAAAGGCACUUCAACACCUAAUUAUGGAAAUAAUAUGAAGAUUAAAGAAGAAGAAGAAUUACCAGAUUUUGUCCCAGCUAUAAAUAAACCUAAUAAUCCAGGAAAUUUACUACCAUCUUCUCCCCCGAUUCCUCCUAUUCCAAAUCAAUCACAAUUGCCUCAGGUUCCCCCAAAAUUGCCUCAAAUUCCACCACAAUUCUCUUCUAAUCCAUUAGGCAAAGGCACUACAACACCUAUUGGAAAUAAUAUAAAGAUUAAAGAAGAAGAAGAAUUACCAGAUUUUGUCCCAGCUAUGAAUAACCCUAAUAACCUAGGAAACGAAGAUAUUUUGAUAGAUAAUUCUCAAUCAGACAUACAAAAAUUUUUAAAUUCUGAAAAUAAUGAUAAAUUAAACCCAUUGAAUAAUAUGUUUAAAAAUCAAGAUGAUUCUCAAUUUGUAUCGAAUGAUGCACCGUCACAAUUACCUAUGAAUGUGCAAGUAGAAAACGUAAUAAUUAAUCCACAACCAGAUGACAUAACAAAUGGUUCGAGUCUCAAUGAUAAUACUGAAAAUUUACAAAAUGCAUUGAACAAUAAUUUAGUACCUUCAUAUUUUGAAGAUACAGAAUUCAAUGAAGAAUCAAAACUGGAAAAAGCAAUUUUUGGGUCAUUGCCUCUGUUAGAGAAUGCUAAUAAAGAAAACAAUAAAUUAAAUUCAUUGGAAAAUUUAACAUUUGACGAACCACCUGCAGAAUGGGAAAGUCUAUCCAAGUAUGAUAAAUCAUAUAUUGUUGACAAAGAAAAUUCCAAAUAUUCGAAAGAGAAUAAUGCUAAAUUAACUGUCUUCGCCAAUCCAAAUGAUAUUCAUAUACUUCAACAAUCUCCUAAGCAGUCGUCAACUAAUGUUAAUAGUUAUCCAAAUAAUAAUAUUUUAUUAAAUACUCCAUCAAAAGACAUGCCAUUAUGGUAUAUUCCCUCAUUUCCAAAUAGCGUUGAUUAUGUUCAACCUUUUAAUUCGAAUGCUUAUAAAGAACCACCUAGUUCAUUAUUAAGCGUUAAUCAAAAUCCGGUAGUUUAUAAUCAAAUUCCAAUGAAUCUGGCAAAUAGUAAUUAUUAUAAUCAACAAGUUGAUUCUACAUCUAUUGAUCAAAAUCAGAUGACCUCUAAAAUACAAUCACCCAAUUUGUUACCAGAUACUAAUCAACCAAGUUCUGUUGACAACAGUGGAUCUAUUUACAAGAAAGUAGACUUAAAGAACCCUCCUCCAAAUAUUUAUAGUUCAUGGUGUUUACCAAAAAAAGAUUACACAAAAAAUGUACGUCCAAACCAAAACGAUAGGAAUACAAAUUAUGAUGGUAAUUCACGUACAAGCAUUUUUGGAACACCAUUGUCGUCUUACCAGAAUAGUAUUCAGGGAAUUUUAAAUUCACCUUCAAACGAUAUGUUUGUACAAAAUAUGAUAUCCGUAAUUUCAAAUUCAGUUCAAGCACCAUUGGAUGGGACCAAGGCAAUAUUUGACAUAACACGUGUAAAUUUCCCACGUUCUCCAGUGAGUCAUGUAAUUCGUUUAACUCAUGCUAUCGUACGAUCUGUGAUGCUAAAUCUUCGGCAGACUUUAAAUACAGUCAUGAACACUUUAUAUGGCCGUCGAGCUAAACGAGAUUUAAAUCCUUUCGAUGUGUUAUAUAAUUUACCGGGUGCCCUCGUUAACAAAUACUCUGACCAAUCUACUGCUCUGCAGAAGACGAAAAAUGCAAAUUUGCCAUACUAUAAUCAACCGACUACAGCAGCAGCUUUAUUCACAGGUCAACAACCGACAGUAGAUUAUUCUGUAAGUCAACCUGCAACUGAAAAUAUGUUAGGGCAACAACAGAUGUACUACGGUAGCAGAACCGACAGAAAUUACUACGGAUCACAAUAUGAUAACAUUGGAAUCGUAUCACAAUCGGCGAACACUCAAAAUUAUGUUUUAAAUUCUUUGGCCGAUGCGAUCACCUCUGCAGUACGUUCAAAUGUACCUGAUCCUUAUUCAAUCGACUCCCCAGAAGUAAAAGAAUACAUACAGCAAGUGAUCGUAACUAUUGAAAUAGUGUUCAAAAAUCAGAUUGAUAACAUACUUCGUGGACAAUCACCAACAUUGAAUAUGUACUAAAUAAAAAAUAAUAAAUCAAUAAGAAUAGUUUUUUUUUAAA